AUGGAGCGUCUGCUUCGGAUCGUCCCGGAGCGGGAGUGGUGCCGCAGGAACGAGGUGGGCGUCUGCCAGCGCCCCGGCUGCGGGCGUAGUUUCACGCUGCUCAGUAGGCCGGCAAACUGCCACGCGUGCGGCAUGGUGAUGUGCGCGCAGUGCCUGAAGCGGCGGCUGACGUUGCCAGGAAGGCCCGGCUCCGCCCCGGUGCCGCUUUGCCACGCCUGCGCCAUCGGCGUCUCCAACGCCCAGGCAGAGGCGGAGCGCGCCUACCAGCAGCGGGGGCAGCUGCUGCAGAGGCUGGAGGAGCAGCAGGCGGAGCUGGAGCGGCUCUUGGCGCUCUCCGCCUCGCUGCGGGAGGAGAACCAGCGGUUGGUGGAACUCACAGAGGCGCUCGCGGCCGGCGCACCGUCGCCUGCUGCGCCGCCGCAGGCAGCCGUGGAAGGGGCUUCCGGUGGGGAGCAAAGCGGCCGCGUCGAUGACGGCGGCGCAGCAGGCGACGGUGCGCCGGCCGCCACUGCGGGUGGUGCUCGCACGGCGACGGCGGAGGAAACGGCGCUGACGGAGGAGUUGCAGGCGAAGCACAAUGCGCUCUCCAGGCGAGAGGCGGCUCUGCAAGAGGCAACAAAGAAAGUCGCGGGCGACGCCGCACGGGUCGCGGCACAGCGGACGCAGCUGCAGCAAGAGGAGCGAAGGCUACGGGCGCAGUUUGCGCAGGAGUUCCAGGCGAUCAUAGGGGAGGAGUGCCUGCGGCUGCAGAAUGUGUACAUGGAGGAGCUGACUGGUUUGGGCGACCAGUUUGCGGCGUGGCGGCGGGACGCCCAUGACGUGUUGGAAGCCGUGAGGCUGCAGCACAAGCACAGUGACGGUGACGCGGUGCCGGCACACUCGGCGCAGCUGGCGCAGGCCGAGGAAGCCCUGGCGCAGGCCCGUGCGUCGCAUAGGGAAGACCUCCUCAGGGCAAAGAAGCGCUUCGAUGAUGACAGUUUCGUGCUUGGAAGCGCGUUGGGUGUCGCGCAGCGCGAGGUUGAGGCGGAGAAGAGGCGGCUUGCGGCGGCCCAGCACACCGUGGACGGGCUGGCGUUGACACUGCAGGAGCAGCAGCAGCGGCACGACGCAGCCUGCACGGAGUGGGGGGAGAGGCUGGCAAUUCUGCACUCGCUUCACGGAUCGUGGCGGCAGCAGCUGCUGCUGCAGCCAUCUCCGUCUGCGGCGGCGGCGGCGGCGGCGGCGGCGCACCAGGGCGAGACGACGGACCACGCCGCCGCGGCAGCACGCGCCAUGUUGUCUGGGUGGCGGUGUGUGGCGGCGGCGCUGCUCAGUCAGCACGGCGCCUCCCUUUCGGCGCUCAUGCUGGUCGCGCGUGAGGCCUGCGGUCUCGCGGAGUUUCCCCCGUCACCGCCGCCAGCGGAGCAGAAGCCGGUGGCAAAGGCAGCUGCUGCGAGCGACGCCGGCGAGCACGCGGGGGACCUCGUGAAGCUGCGCCGUGAGUUGAGUAGCGCCCGGCGUCUCUCGAGGGGCUUCGAGGCGCGGGCGAACGCGCACGCCGUGGAGGUCGUUUCCCUCAAACGCUCGCUGGCGCUCAAGACGGAGGAGCUGCAGGAACUCCGUGCGAGGCUGUCACGGACCGCGAAAGCACUUGUGCGGGCAAGCCGCAUCGAGAAGCACGUCUCGCGUCAACUUCAGCAGCGGCACGAGGAGGAGGAGCCGUUGUCAGCCGAUCAGGAUAACGGGGGCGCCUCCGCCAUUCGCUUCGCCGCGGGGAUGGUGCACCACGGCAGCCUGUACAUGGACGGCUGCAUGAGUCUUCUGAGCGCGGCGCUUCUCAGGCGGUACGCCGCGGGGGUGCAGGGAAUGCAGGAGGAGUGGGCAAAGCGGCGCGACCUCACGCGACGCAACACGGUGGCCCUCGAGGAGACGACAGCGAGCAUGAAGGCCCUCCAGGAAGACUUGCGGCGGCGUGAGGCGGCGGCUGCACGGCUCGAGGGGGCGCUGCGCGCACGGGAGCGGGAAGCACGUCUCCGCCUGAGUCGCCUACUAAAAGUUUCAGUGGCGCUGCGGACGGUGGCCAGCCGCCUGCGCGCCGUCUCUACAAGUGAAGAGGCAGGCAGUUCCCUGGACGGUGGCGCGUCGUAG